CACGAGGUCUCGGAGCAAGGGAAAAAAGAGCCACUGUUUAAAGCUAGACCUAGCUUACUCUAGUUAUAUUAACUCUGCACAUAUAUCUAUGGCACAAACUCUCUUCAUUCGAGGACGUCAUUUCCUGAUUUUCGAUCCGGUGGUGUCCCAAGAACCGGGACCACGUUAUUCCUCGAUUAAGCCGCUAACUUGGGAAGUAGGCACAAAAAGUGGAUUUAAAAACUUUAGCACAGGAUGUAUUCAGUCUUGGGACUAGUGCUUUUGUCAAUGGACAUGGUAAGGCAGCUUCACUUAUUAUAUAUGGUAGUAAAACAUAAAUGUUUUCAGUCAUACCAUGUAGCCUAUUAACACCCCAGUAGUGUCUUUAAACAAGUCUAACGUGUGUCUCAUCGAUAACAUUUUGUGUGUGUGUAUAGCCUAUACUUUGUGAAUCUGUACUUUACCCCUACCAGACAUAUGUUAACGAUGCUACACCUUCCAUUUACAGUACACAAGCUGCUUACAUACUCCUUCCACCACAAGACCAUGAUUCAACUACUCCUCAGUGUAGGGGUUGUGGUGCCCCUAGGCAGUAACAUUGAAAAGAGUUUGGGGACUGUCCACUUUAUCUUCCUAUUUCUACUACUCUCUACCAUCACUGGGGUGUUGUACACUAUACUACAACUUAUUGUUUUGGAUACCUCCUUUCAAGACCAGGUGGAAGGGUUGGUCCCUGUUUCUCUAGCUUUGCUCAGUGUAACCACAAUGCAAUCCCGUAUGACCAAGGCCUUCCUAUUUGGGGUCAGUGUGCCCACUUUAGCCCUACCAUGGCUGUUUCUGAUGAUCAUAUCACUACUGGUCCCACACACUGUGUUUCUCUGUAACAUUGUUGCCAUUGCAACAGGGUGGAUCUAUGGCAAAGGCUGGUUCUCUAUGUUGGACAUGUCUGAAGCUAGGGCAUCAAUCCUUGACAAGAAGAUGCCUUUCAGACUGCUGAGGAACAUUGGUGUCCUGUAUGUCCCAGCAUCUGUGGAAGAGAAGAAGAAGGUUGUUCAUCCUCGAAUCACCCCAAUCCCAGGGUCCUACCCAGUCCAAGCCUAUGCUCCAGUUUCUACUCUCUCAAGCCUCCAGGCUACAGAGGCCACACCAAAGAUGUAUGAAGGCUGGCCACAUUCCUCCUACACUCAAGCUAGUCCUAUUCCACACUCAGCCCCACAUGGACACAGCCACGGAUAUGGCCUGGCAUAUAACUUUGGGUUUAAUAACGGACACAGUUACGAGCAUAGCCACGGGCAUGGCUGCAGUCAUAACCAUAGCCAAGCGCAUGGACAUUGUCACAAACAUGUUUUUUUGGACAGGAAUAGUCACGGUGGCAAUGAUUCCUGUUCUCAACAUUCUCAUGUUAGCCCAAUGAAUAUGCACUCGGGUCAGCCUGUUGGUUAUCUACCUCAUCCAGAUACCUUUUCACGUUUUCCAGAAAGUGAUUUAGGUCCAACAUCUGUGAUGAUUGACCCAGUGGCACCUGUGGGCUUUUCAGGCUAGUUAGACUCAGGGCUAAAAUGUAGGUGAUUGAUAUUUCUUAUUUUGAUGCUGUAUGUGGAGGUAAUGAGUGUAGACAAGUUGAGUUUUCAGGCAAAAUCAGUGUUUGCAUGUUAUUUGGAGGAUAUUGCAGCCCUUUAAGCAUUCUAGGUUUAAGGCUAGAAACCUCUCAAAGACUGGAUUUGUAAUGUUUCUUUGUUUGUACAACUCUUCUCAUAUCAUUAUUUAUAUUAAAUAUGCAAGAACUGUU